AUGUCUUUAUGCUUCCGGAAUUUCAUCCCAUAUGCCAUACCUGGAGUGCUGGCACUUCUUGGCUGCUGGUGGAUCUAUUCCCAUAGAAAAAAGCAUGGAACCUAUCGAGAUGAACAAGCAGUAGCCACUGAAGAGCAGCAGGAAGAAGUGACAGAGCAGGAUUCAGCACCCAGAACAGAACCAUGUGUUCCUCAAAGACCGUUUUCCUUGCUGGAAGAGGAAUGCACAGAGAACAAAACCUCGACCUCCCUGCUGUCAGCAGGGUUGACGGUGCCCUCUCUUAUGUGUCAAAGUGAUGAGAGGCUGGGUCUCUCACCAGACCUGCCAGUAACAAAAAUUCAGCCCAGCACCCUUGAGGACGACAGUGAAAAACUAGAAGAAACAGGAUCUCAAGACGAAAGCAGCGUCCCUGCUUGUGUUUCUCUCCCUUUGGAGUCUGCCUGUUCGGAGCAGUCAGGGGAAGAAGACGUGCCCAGGUCAGUUGCCAGUACUGUACCUGUGUGUCAGGAGGAGGAGGACACGCAGCCAAAAGGAGAUGAAUUGGGAGGAGAGAAGACUAGAGGAGUGAGUUUGUGCAAGGAAGACAUUGAGAAAAUUGAGCAAGUGACAAUACAGAUUGUUUCCAAGGUCAUUUUGGCAGCAACUGAGGAAGUGCUGUCAGGUGCUGCAAGUGAUGGGUCCACUCCGCUCUGCCAGGCUGCCGCCAGCCAAGUUGAGACACCUCUGGAGAUGGCAAGUGCUGUUUCCACUGAUCAGACACUUGGAGAUGAAGCUCCAGUAGCUGGUAAGAAUGCUGCUGGAAGGAGUGAUGCUGCGGUACUGACAUCCCCACAGGCAGAGGAGCAGCAUCAGAAUGUGACAUGUUCAAGCUGUUUAACACAAAGCCCCGUUCAGGGAGCCACAACAGACUGUCGGAUGAAGACCCCUGUGUGCAGCGAGUCCCAAGGAGGUGGUUGGACUCCUGUGGAAAACCACAGAGGGUCUCUGGAAAAGUCACCUUUGGUUAGGGAGGGCUCUGGGUGCAGCACAUCCACACCGGAAGGUGGGACAUGUGUGGAGGGCCCGUUGCAGAACACAAGGCUGGCUGUUGCAUCAGGCCAGUGUUCAGAGUCACUGAGCGUACCUGCAGGCCGAGCCACGUGUGCUGAGCAGAGCUCCGGCCCAAGUGAAACUCAUCCUGCUCUGAAGCUGCCUGAAGACAACAAAGUGCCAUACAGCAAUGGGGUACUGAGGGAGAAUGGUCCAGACCUGUGCAGUGAGUGUAGCAGUGCACCAGGGGUAGAUGGAGAUGGCCCACAAGGGCUGGAUGAACAUGGUAUGGAUUUUGUGGACAGUGGCUGUGCCAUGAAGAAGACAGUGACUCAGCAGAACGCUAAACUAGGGAGAGAAACCAGCAAGUGUGACCACAUCAUCUGGGAAAUAGAGGUCCCGAAGGAAUUAGUUGGCCGCUUGAUCGGCAAACAAGGAAAAUUUAUGAGCUUCCUGAGGCAGCAAUCUGGUGCCAAAAUCUAUGUCUCGACACAGCCUUAUUUCCGUGACUCCCAGGUCUGUCACAUCGAAGGUUUCCCACAUCAAGUAGAAAAAGUACUGAGCCUGAUUGGCACGAAGUUCAAGGAGCUGUGUCUCGCCAACAUCCACGGUCUACCUCCACCAGCACCACUGACACUUCAUUCCCUCCUUAUGACUGCCUGGCUCUUCCUCCCGGAUGGAGUCACUGUUGAGGUGGUUGUGGCUCAUCAAGUCGAUGCAGGGCACAUGUUCCUGCAGCAACACACACACCCCACUUUCCAUGUCCUGCGGAGCCUUGACCAGCAGAUGUACGUCUGCUACUCUCAACCUGAAAUUCCAACCCUGCCUACUCCAGUAGAAGUUGGUAUUAUCUGUGCAGCUCCAGGCCUGGAUGGGGCAUGGCUACGGGCUCAAGUUAUCAGCUACUUUGAAGAGACCAGUGAAGUGGAACUGAGAUACGUGGAUUAUGGAGGAUAUGACAAAGUGAAGGUCGACACACUCAGACAAAUCAGGUCUGACUUUUUAUCGCUGCCUUUCCAAGGAGCAGAAGUUUUACUGGACAACGUGGUGCCGCUUCCAGAUGAGGAUCACUUCUCCCCUGAAGCUGAUGCAGCUGUUGAUGAGAUGACCAGAGGUGCAGUCCUUGUGGCGCAGGUCACAAAUUAUGACAGUGCAACAGGACUGCCACUGAUACAGCUGUGGAACUUGAUGGGCGAUGAGGUGGUGUCCAUAAACAGAACUCUGGUGGAAAGAGGGCUUGCUCGGUGGCUUGACUACUAG